CAUUUUACAUUUAUAUUUUUGCAUCUUCUUUCCAGCCAUGAGCCGAGCAGUGGGCGAAAGAUGGAAAGACGUGCAGAAGAGUACCAUGGUCAGAUGGGUCAACAGCGUAAUCCGACCCCAGGACGAGUCUGAGCAGUCGUUUGAAAUUGAGGACCUGGAGACGGACCUCAAAGAUGGAGCUCUAGUUGCUCUUCUAGAUAAACUUAGCACUAGACGAGGAAUUGAUGAAAGGGUCAAAGUGAGAAAUAAAAACCCGAGGAUGCUAGCGCAUGUAAGAGAGAACGUUGCUGCCUGUUUCAAUUAUUUGGAAUCGCAAAACAUCAAAGUUGUCAACAUAGGACCAUCAGACAUCAUUGACGGCAACGUGAAACUCUGUCUCGGUCUGAUAUGGACGCUCAUUCGUCAUUACCAGAUAAGGAGCUCCGGUAAAGUUCUCUCCACAAAAGAAGCUCUCCUGACUUGGGUCAACACUCUCAUUCCGGAAAGAAAGGUAACAAAUUUCACGAGCGAUUGGAGCAACGGUAUCUCCCUUUGUUACCUCAUUGAUCGCAUUCAGCCGGGACUCUGUCCUCAUCAUGCUUCUCUCAGCCCUUCCAAUGGUCUGGAUAACUGCACACUAGCAAUGAACCUGGCAGAGACCAGGCUUAAAAUACCUCAGAUCAUAAGCCCGAUUGAUCUGCACCAGUUAUUUGUUGAUGAGAUGAGUGUCAUGAUUUAUAUAUCCUCAUUCUGUGAGCCUGCAAUAAAGAACCUUCUGACGUGGGUCCAGACAAUUAUAUCCUUUCAAAAGGUCACCAAUUUCAAGACGGACUGGAAUAAUGGGAUUAAUCUGGCGGCCCUUAUCAAUACGCUGAGUCCUGGCCUGUUUCCUGAUUGGAAUUCCCUCGAUCCAAAUCAAUCUGUGGAAAAUUUAAGACGAGCAAUGGCUUUGGCCAAAGAAAAGUUAGAAGUUGAGCCUAUCCUAUCUCCGGAGGAAAUGGCUGAUCCGAGUGUCGAUGAGAUUAUUGUUGUCACUUAUGUUUCACGAUUUUUAAAUACCAAAGCUAUUCCUCUUCCACAGCAAUGCUCUGCUUUUGGUAACGGCCUUUCUAAAGCUUUUGCUGGGAGAGAAGCAAUCUUUCAAGUCGAUGCAACAAACGCUGGCGUUGGAAGCCUCAGUGUCACUAUUGUUUCUUCUGGGUCAAGUGUCAAUGGAAAUAUAUCAAAAGAAAGGGAGGGAUUUUAUCAAGUGUCCUAUGUGCCACAGAAGUGUGGUAGCACAGUUAUUAACGUCAAAUGGGAAGGAGUUGAUAUACCAAACUCUCCAUUCACCUGUACAGUCAUUGACUCCGGCUCUGUUAGUUUCUCAAGUCCAGAAAUUACCGGAGCUAAGUUCGGGAAGGUUGGGAAAAUAUUAGUCAUGAGAGCAAAAGGUUUCUUAGAUAUCAACGAUUUGAGUGUACAAAUUGAUCGUGGGUCAUCAGGGAGCGUUGAGUCUGCUAACAUUAAAUCAAUGGAGAACAGUGAGGCUGAGGUGAGCUAUAUGCCAAGGAAACCAGGGAAGGAUAAAGUAAUAGUAAAAGUUGGAAAAGAAGAGAUACCAGGAAGCCCUUUCAUUAUUAGUGUGAUUGAUCCCAGUCAAUGCCGUUUGUCUCAUUUUGAUCCUCCAUCUAACAAGCCAGGGAUAGUUGGGAAAGUAGCAAAGUUCCGUAUCACAGCAAGUGAUGUUAAUGCCCAAUGCAUUGUAGCAGAGGCUAGGACACCUUCUGGAGCUGCACCACUAACACUGGCUCCUGAUAAUAAAGGUUUUCUAGCUAGUUUUAGUCCUCUUGCUGUGGGCUCUCACACGAUAGUUGUUAGAUGUGAUGGCGAGCCCAUUCGUGGUAGCCCACUCUCUUUCUUUGUCGUUGAUCCAAGCAAAGUUGUCCUCAGUGAGGCUAUACCUCAAUACAUGCACAUUGGACAGGAGUUAGUUAUCAAUGUCAGCACUAAGUCUGGAGGAAUAGCUCAAUUGGAGGUUAAUUCUUCAAAUUCAAAAUGUCUUACAACAACUUUGGACAAGACAAGAGAAGGAAUGUAUGUCCUUAAGAUGAAAGCUUUAAAGACAGGAGGAUCAAAAGUGGCCAUAACGUGGUCUGGAUGCAAUAUUGCACACUCGCCCUUCUCAAUUGAAGUAUGUGAUGCAAGCAAGUGCAGUGUGUCCUCCAUUGCAGGCAAAGGAAAAACAAAAGAACCUUUUGUAUUUACAGUCCAGGCCAAAGAGGCAGGGAAUGGUGAGCUUAAAGUUAAUUGCAGUGGACCAUCAGAUAGUCCAGUAGCUCAAAUUGAUGAUAAUGGUGAUGGUAGUUAUAAUGUUAGUUUCAUUUCGUAUGAGUCAGGUCUACACACCAUUGACAUCACGUGGGCUGGAGAGCAAAUACCAAACAGUCCAUUCCAAGUUAGUUUUGCUCGAGUUUCUGUCAGUCAAUUUUCAAUAAAUGGUGAGGCUUUCAAAAAUUGUGUUGCUGUAGAAAGGAACCAAAUUAGGUUCAUUGGACCAGAGGCUGGCCUCCUUACUGAUGAACUCUUACAAGUUACUAUAACAGGAGAAGGGAAGGAGUGUAAAGUUAUGCAAAAUGUUCCUCCUAGUAGCAAUGAUCCUAAUAUAUUAUUAAGCAUUGAAGAUAAAGGUGAUGGUGUUUACAUUAUCAGUUAUGCUGUUCCUCAUGAAGGAAACUACACCAUUAACAUUAAGUGCUUAGGAGAGAACAUCUCAGGGAGUCCUUUUGAAGUACGUGCUGCAAAAGCUACAGAAGCUAAAAAAUGUUUCGCUUCUGGGAAAGCAAUUGAAGAACCAGAUGAGCUAGUUGUCGGUAGAGUUCUUCAGUUUAGUAUUGACACGAACAGAGUGAGUGGAAGAUCACUCGCUAUUGCUGCUUCUGAUCCUCAAAUGAAAGGAAUCCCUAUAUUCCAUACUGAGGAGAGAGACAGUAACAAUACUCUCGUACAUAGAAUCAAAAUGUACCCAGAGACUCAAGGAAAGUAUACUGUUGAUGUCAAGUGGUCUGGUGAUCACAUUUCUUGUAGUCCCUUCACUUUUAAUGUUGGAGAUGCUUCGAAAGUCAAAGUCCUUGGUAUCCCAGACAGGGAGAGUUUUGCAACUAAAAUUGAAGAGCCUCUUGAGGUAAUUGUGGACGAUAGAGAAGCUAAGCCAGGCAAAUUAUCAGCAGCCGUAGAACUAGCAGGAGGAACGCCAAAGUCAUUUAUAGUCACAACGAGGGAUGAUGGAACAACUCUCUGCAGAUACAUACCCAAUGAAUCUGCACACUCAAAUAUAUCACUUACUUUUAGUGGUGUUGAUGUGCCUCCUUUUCCAUUGGGAGCUAACAUUCUUGAUCAUAGCAGUAUAAAGGUCAUCCCUCCUGUUAUUUCUGGGAAAAUACAACAGCAAGUCAAGUUCAUUGUCACAGGAAUCAAAAAGGGUAACAUUAAGAAACUGUCAAUAAAGGCAUCACAAAAGAAGCAAACGCCAAAAGUGGAGCAGGAGGUUUUAGAUGAGGGGGUUGUGCAAGCACGUUUUACUCCUAAAACGAUUGGAGAAUACACAGUUGAAGUGAAAUUUGAGAAGAAACAAGUCCCAGGGAGUCCUUUCAUUGUUUACAUUACUAAUCCUGAUGCUUGUAAAAUCCUUGACGAUAUCCCGACUGUUCUUACACUUGGAAAGACAACUCCUGUAUCCAUCAACACAGCUGAAUGCGGUCCAGGAGAGCUCAGUGCUUCCAUCACAGUAGAUGACUGUCUUAAAUGUGAUUCAAGCCAACCCAACAAGUUGCUAUUAACUCCUACAGACAUUGGCCUCUGUAAGAUGAUGCUCAAAUGGGAGGGACACCCAGUCCUCAAAGCUCCAGUUACAGUUAAUAUUUUUGAUCCUUCAAAAUGUACAGUUGACUGCUCCCAGUUGAAAGAUUCAGCAAAUAUUCAAGAGAACGACAAAGUUGAGUUCAUCAUUGACACUUCAAUGUGUGGUCCUUGUGUCCCUGUGGUUGAAGCAGGCAGUGCUAAUACAAGCUACCCUGUUUCCAUGAAGGAGAGUGGUAAUGGAGUAUAUAUAGCUUCUUUUACUCCAUCACAAGCUGGAGAGACAACAGUUUCUGUUCUUGUCGCUGGUCAGUCAGUGCCUAGUUGCCCGUUCAGUUUUGAAGUCUUGCAGAAAGUUAGUUCCCAGGAAGUUAGGAUUCCUGCUAGUGCUGGCCUAGCAAAAGCUAAACCAGAAGAGCCUGUCUCACUCUCCAUUGUAGGCCUACAUAAAGGAGCCAUUGCUUCUGGUACCCUGUCAUACUCCAUGACUUACGAUGAAGGGAAACCACCAACUCGCCCACCAAAAGUUGAGUGCACUGAUAAUAAUGAUGGCUCAUAUACUUUCAGUUAUACUGCUUAUGAUAUUGGUCAGUACAAGCUGUCAAUACUUUAUCAAGAGGAGCAUAUAUCAGGGAGUCCUUUUAGCAUUCUAGUGAGACCAGAGUCUCAGGCUAGCAAGUGUGUAGCAUCAGGGAAAGGAGUACUAGAUGGGUCUUGUAUAAGCAUUAGUGAACAAGCUACAAUGUCAGUUGACUCUACAGCAGUUGGUAGUGAUCAGUCAUUAGUAAUAACAGCAACACAACCUGAUGGACAGGAGCAGGACAUUGAUGUCACCGAGGAAGAGAAAAAUGGACAAAUAUUUCAGCAUAUUUCAUUUCAACCAACAAAAGUUGGUACUUAUAGCAUUUUUGUGGAUCAUUAUGAUGUCCCCAUACCAGGCAGUCCUUUUAAAGUGAAUGUUAUUGAUCCGUCUCGUUGCCUGAUAGUAGGAGAUCUACCUAACACAGUACAAGUCAAUCAAUCAGCCACAGUUUGCAUUGAUACUACAGGAGCUGGUCCAGGAGCAUUAAAUGUACUAAUCAAUGGGCAAAAGGAGAGCCAACAAUUAUCAGUUGAUGCAGCACAGACAAAUGAUGGUAAGUACAACUUGACAUUCAUUGCUAAGUCUAUUGGUGAGGCUAGUGUUGCUAUUGAAUGGGGAGGGUAUCAGAUCCCAGGCACUCCAUUCACUAUCAGAGUCUGUGAUACAAGCGCUUGCAGUUUUGAUGCAAAUGAGAUGAAGAAAAACCCACUGCAAGUCGGAGUACCAUUUGUUUUUGUAAUCGACAGCACUGGAGCUGGUGAUGCAGAACUGAGCGUUAGGCCUGUAGAACCAUCAGACACUCAAUGCAAAAUCAGUUCAAAGAAUAACCAACACACAGUCACAUGUACACCAUGUACCACUGGAGAACACACUCUAGCAAUCACUUUGGGACAAGAGCACAUUAAAGGUAGUCCUGUCACAUACUCUGUCAUUGAUCCAAAGAAAGUUACCAUUGAUGACCCUUUUCCCCAGUGGGUUCAUAUUGGUAAAGAAGUAUCCAUCAGUGUUAGUACUGAUGAUGGUGGGGAGGGAGAGCUGGAAGUCACCUCUUCCAAUCCGGACUCACUGGCUGUGGAAUUAGAAGGAGAGUUGCUUACAAUGACAGCUUUAAAACCAGGAAGAUCACAAGUAACUGUAGCAUGGUCAGGGCAUGAGGUCUUUUCUUCAACCAUUGAAGUUUGUGAUGCUAGCAAAUGCCAUGCAUCAGAUAUUGCAAGUGAUGGAAAAGCUAAGGAACCUUUUGUAUUCACAGUCCAGGCCAAAGAGGCAGGGAAUGGUGAACUUGAAGUUAAUUGCAGUGGUCCAUCAGAUAGUCCAGUUGCUCAAAUUGAUGAUAAUGGUGAUGGUAGUUAUAAUGUUAGUUUCACUUCCUAUGAGUCAGGUCUACACACCAUUAGCAUCACAUGGGCUGGAGAGCCGAUACCAAACAGUCCAUUCCAAGUUAACCUUGAGCAGCUUGAAGCUAGUCAGUUCACACUGGGUGACCAAGAUAUCAGUGAAUGCAUUGCUACAGAGAGAAGUGAAAUUAAACUCAUUGGACCAGAAGCUGGCCUCCUUACUGAUGAACUCUUACAAGUUACUAUAACAGGAGAAGGGAAGGAGUGUAAAGUUGUACCAAGUGUUCCUCCUAGUAGUGAUGAUCCUAAUAUAUUAGUAAGCAUUGAAGAUAAAGGUGAUGGUGUCUACAUUAUCAGUUAUGCUGUUCCUCAUGAAGGAGCCUACACCAUUAACAUUAAGUGCUUAGGAGAGAACAUCUCAGGCAGUCCUUUUGAAGUAUCUGCUGUUGGAAAAGAACCAGAAUUCAGCAUUGAAUCAGUUACAGUUAGUGGAGAUGCAAUGUCUAAGUCUUGUGUUGGAAUUGGAGAACAAGCUACAAUGUCAGUGGACUCUACUGCAGUUGGUAGUGAUCAAUCGUUAGUAAUAACAGCAACACAACCUGAUGGACAGAAGCAGGACAUUGAUGUCACUGAGGAAGAGAAAAAUGGAAAAAUAUUUAAACGUGUUUCAUUUCAACCAGCAAAAGUUGGUACUUACAGCAUAUUUGUAGAAGUUAACGAUAUCCCCAUACCAGGCAGUCCUUUUAAAAUAAAUAUUGUUGAUCCGUCUCGUUGCCUGAUAGUAGGAGAUCUACCUAACACAGUACAAGUCAAUCAAUCAGCCACAGUUUGCAUUGACACUACAGGAGCUGGUCCAGGAGCAUUAAAUGUACUAAUCAAUGGGCAAAAGGAGAGCCAGCAAUUAUCAGUUGAUGUAGUUCAUCUUGGUGAAUUGGUUGAUGCAAUGUUCAACAAGUACAACUUGAAUUUUAUUGGUAAAUCUAUUGGUGAGGCUAGUGUCAUUAUCAAAUGGGGAGAGUAUCAGAUCUCAAAGACUCCAUUUACCAUUAGCAUUUGUGAUGCUGAAGCUUGUACUGUGGAUGCUUCUGAAAUGACUAAAAGCCCGUUACAAGUCGGAGUACCCUUUACGUUUAAAGUCCACAACCAGUCCAGUUCUAUGUCACCGCGUAUUACAAAACAAACUGAGGACUUUGUAGUCACUGGUACAGACCCAAACAGUGUUGAAAUAGAAGCAACCAAGGAACAGCACAUUCACAACAGCAGCAUAUCUGUAGUGCAAUUCACUGCAACAGUUGUUGGUGAAUAUUCAAUUCAGGUCAAACAUGACUCAAGUGACAUUGAUGGAAGUCCUUUUAUAAUUUGUGUCACCAACCCAGCAGGAGCAAGGGUAACAGGCUCAAUACCUGACAAUCCAAAAGUUGGCGAGAAACUCUCGUUGAGUAUUGACGCAAGUAAAUGUGGUCCUGGGGACAUAUCCUGUGACUUGAUACCAUUUUAUGGAGAAAUAGACAUUGAGCCACAGAUACUCUCUUCACCAGAUGAGGAUGAGCUAUAUGAGAUAUCAUUUUCUUCUCUAGUUGUCCUCAAUUGUUUCUUAGAGCUUAGGUUGGCAGGCUACCUCUUACAGCCCAGCCCUCAGUAUCUCUCCUUUGUUGAUCCAAGCAAAGUCCUAGUGAACAGCAAGGAACUUGAGAGCGGAGAUAUGAUAAAUCAAGGAGACCCACUGAGUAUUGAGAUUGAUGGAAGAGAAGGAGGUCGGGGUACCCCAGAAGCUAAAGUAUCAAUGGGAGGAGCUCCAGUUGAUGUGGACUUGGUAGAUAAUAGAGAUGGUACUUUUCUUGCUAGAGUAAUGGCCCUAGAAGCAGCUGAUUAUAAUGUUGCUAUCAAGUGGAGUGGGUACUCUGUUGCAAAGGCAACAACUAAUUUCGGAGUACAGAGAUUGAUCGAUUCUCACAGUAUCACAGCUAAAGGUAUCGGCCUAAGAGAUGCAGUAGCUGAUCAGGAGAUAACAAUAGUUGUCAGUGCCUACGAAGUUGGACUUGUUGAUAAUAAUCUCCUUGCAGUUAGAUGCUUUGAUCCAGAGAGGAAUGAUGAUGAUGCUAGCAAUCCAAGCACAGAAUGGACUGAUAAUAAUGAUGGAACUUAUGAUUUAACGAUAGUCUACCCGUACGAUGGGAAGUUCUUCCUCUGCAUUGAUUACAAUAAUCAGCCAAUCUACCAGAGCCCUUUCACCGUCUCUGUUAAAGGAAAACCAAACGCAAACAUGUGUAGGGUCUUUGGUCCAAGCGUCGACAAACUAAGAGAGGGCGUGGCUAUACCAGUGACGCAGCACAUUGAGAUUCAUGUUGACUCCAGUAAGGCAGGGAGUGGUGAACUGACCUAUACUGCAACUGAUCCUACAGGAGAACAAGUAACUGUGUUUUCCACUGAAGAGGAAAGAAAUGGCAGACAAUUUCAAUACCUGAGACUUGGUCCUUUUGAUGUGGGUGAGUACACUGUUAGGCUCUACUGGAGUGGAGUGGAGUUGGAAGACUCUCCAUUAAAGUUCAAUAUUGUUGAUCCAGCACUUUGCUUAGUUAGUGGUCUACCUCUUUCCAAUGGAAUGGCACAAUUAGGAGAGUCUGUUCACUUUAGCUUAUCACCCAAUAACUGUGGGGUUGAAAGGCCAUUGGUCGUCAUUGCUGUGUGUAGCACUGAAGAGAAUGAAACGAUAAUCGACAGUGAAGAAUUGAGCGAGGAGAGUGUUGAAGGAGGUGUCUAUAAGUACGAGUUUGAUACAAGUGAGCCUAACAGCUACACCAUUACUGUGACAGUGGGUGGAUUGCAUGUUCCUGGAAGUCCUUUUAAAUGCGAUAUCAUUGACCCAACGCAGUACACUAUAUGUGGGCUCAGUACUGCUGGUAAAUACGCUUAUGCCGGUGACACAGUUUCCUUCAACAUACAAGGAGUUCCUCCUGAAGGAGAGUCCUUUUCUGUCGUAGCCCAUGGACCUCAUAAUGACCAGAUAUGUGUCGUUCAUGGAGAAGACGGUUUUUAUAAUUGCACAUUCCCAGUCAUUGAUGCAGGCUCUCAUGAAGUGUAUGUUGAAUGUGCUAAUAAACAUGUCCCAGGUAGCCCGUUUCAAAUAAACGUUGCUGAUCCUUCAAAAUGUGUCAUAUUGGAUACUCCUGAUGAGUUUCAAGUAGGAACAAAGGAAAGCAUUGUAGUUAAGACGACUGAAGCAGGACAAGGAGAACUGACAGUGUUAGUUAAUAAUGAGAAGGAGGCAUCAGCCAUGAGUGUCGAGAUAGAGAAUACAAGUGUUUCCACUUAUGUCAUCAGUUUCACACCUCAUCGUAUCGGUGAAGUCAAGAUUGAUAUAUUAUGGGCUGGUCGGCUCAUACCACAGUUCCCUCUUCACCUUCAGAUUUAUGAUGCCAAGCAGUGUAAAGUGUUUGGGCAGUCACUUGUUACAAAGAAAGGAAAAGUUGGAGAGCCUAUAACCUUCACAGUCAUGACAAGGAAUGCAGGAGUGAGCAAACUAACCAUCAAAGCCUCAGGCCCAUCAGCUCAAUACAGUAUAACUCCUAACAUUAUUGGAGAGAAUAAGCACGAGGCUCAGUUCACACCAUGGCAAAAUGGCCAGCACACGAUUGAGAUAUUUUGGGGUAAAGUCCAAGUCCCCAAGAGCCCAUUCUCCCUUCACAUUGAUAAAGGAAGUGGAGAUGGUACCUGUCAUGCAACUGGGGAUGGUCUGAAGAAAGCAAUUGCAAUGAAAGAGAGCAAGUUUAUGCUUUUCUCUAAUGAAAGUGGCCUUGUAGAGAAAGGAGCAUUGAAGGUAACUGUACAGAGUGCUCUUCAUGGAGAGAAUGUCAAUCUCAACAUUAAAGAUGAGAAGAAUGGAAGCUAUGAAGUUGUCUAUAUUGCACCAAACCGUGGAGCAUACUUUGCUGCCGUUUCUUAUUACGACCAACCAAUCCCCGGGAGCCCUUUUAAAAUUAACUGUGUUCCAGGCCCGGAUCCUUCAAAAUGUCGCCUGGAAGGUUUCCAUAACAACACGCUUUAUAUAGCAGGAAAACCAAUAGAGUUUACAGUUGAUUCCAGUGAGGCUGGUAGCGGAGUACUCAAAGUAUUUGUACAGGGACCCCGUGAUCACGUCCCAAAGGUGUAUCUAGCAGAUGAUGGCAAAGGACAUCACUCGGUCAAAUUUGAUGCUCUCAUUCCAGGGAGGUACCUCAUUGUUGUGGCCUGGUCGGAGAGCCACAUCCCAGGGAGCCCUUUUAAAAUUAGAGUCCACCCCGGACCCGAUGCUUCCAAAGUUAUAGUUACAGGACCCGGUAUUAAAGAUUCGAUUCUUGGCGAGGACAACGAGAUCUAUAUUGACACUAGAGAAGCUGGUAUUGGUACUCUACUCAUUAAAGUACAUGGUGUUAAAGACGCCUUUAAGAUUGAUGCCAAUCCUGUCAAUGAAGAUGAUAAAAGAUUACUCCUUGCUACCUACUCUCCCACAGUCCCUGGUAGUUUUGAUAUUUUCAUAAGAUGGAGUGGCGUCCAUGUUCCUGGAUCUCCGUUUAAAGUGAACAUUACAAAACCAGGGGGAGCAGAGGAACCCGAAAAGAAAGUGAAGACUGAGAGACAAGCUACAGCUGCUGGCGGAGCUCAAAAGAAAAAGCCGUCAAGAAGACUUACUGAGCAAAGGUUGCAACAGGACAUUCAAGUUGAGGAGCAGAAAACUCGGGCAGGACGACGCAAGAAAAUCAGCACAGUGAGCGUAGAAGUUGAGAAGAAGCAAAAGAGAGUGAUGAGGUCACAGUCUAGCAGUGCAAUACCAGUCAGUGGACCAAUUAAACCACAGAUGAAGAUGAAGAGAAAUCCUUCAAUGAUGGCUGUUAUUGGUAUGCCAGGACGUCCUCCAUUAUUCCAUCAACCAGGUGGAAUGAUGAUGUCCUCUGGAAUGAUACCAACUCUUCCUCCCGCACAACAAGAGAGGGUAGUGAAAAAGCAAUCCAGUUCUGCCAAGCUACCUUUGGUGGAGGCAUCCAGUAGGAAAAUAUCCACAAGCAAAAAGGUUGUCGGCAAAGAGGAAACAGAUCAUAAUCCGAAAGUUGAGCACAAGCCAGUAAAGAGAAAGAAGAGUCGAUUUGAACUUGCUUAGUAUUUGUAGCUUUUAUAUAUAAAUACAUGUACAAAACAACAAACUGUUAGUUAAGUUACAUAUGUAUUGUACACACAAACAAACAAACCCUUAUUUAUAAUUAUUAAGUACUAUAGUCCAGACAAUAUAAAGUUAUUCUUGUUUUAUCCCUAUUGAUAAUAUUUAUUUAUUAUUAUUAUUGUUAUUAUUAUCAUUGUUGUUGUAGUUCUGCAUUCUCAGCAAAUAUA